AUUUUGGCACUUCUGCGUAUGCGUUAGAAAAUGGCUUGGCCCGCGUAGAUCAGUCCGUACCUGUAGCACCAGCAAGUCCUUCUUUGACCUCCAUGAUGUUGAAUCAGAGUAGCGUGGACAAGUCAUCAUCUGGCAAUGAAGUGAUUUCCUCUCAGACGACCAAACCUAAGACCGCGGCGAACGCUGCUGGCGCACAGGAGGAGGAAGACCAUAUCUCCAAGCUGGAUAUCAGAGUCGGAAUUGUCCGUUCGGUCUCAGCGCACCCUGGUGCCGAAUCGCUCUAUAUUGAACAAGUGGAUGUUGGCGACAAAGAUAGUGACAAGGACAAGGAGACAAGGACGAUUGUCAGUGGUUUGGUGCAUCAUGUGCCCAAGGACUACUUGGAGGGUCGCGCUGUCAUUGUGGUCGGCAACAUGAAGCCAUCAAAACUGCGAGGAGUUGUUUCAGAGGGUAUGUUACUGUGCGCUAUGGAAGUCGAUGCAGAAGAUGAGGUGACCAGGGUCGCAUUACUGGAGCCUGCAGAGGGAAGUCAGCCAGGAGACAAAGUCAUGAUUGAUGGAUACACUGACGAAGCGACAGUUCCUGUGCCGGUGCUGACACCGAAGCGCAAGUGGUUUGAGAAGUCGCGGGUACACUUCUCUGUCAGAGACGGAGUGGCUUACUACAAGGGAUCUCCCUUCAAGACCGUCAAGGGCCUGAUCCGCUGCAAAACCAUUUCCGAGGGUCAAAUCUCGUAGUAGACUUAUUUCGUGCGAUGGACACUUUCUUUGCACAAUAAAACCAUCCAUGCACAUGUACAUACACAGAAUCUAUACACAAUACACAAUACACAAUACACC